AAAGUCCAACACCAGUCUGUCCAAACCUCGUCUGUAAAAACUAGGAUUACACAUCUUGCAAAGGAAGAUUUACAGACCAGACCUGAGUGAAUGUUAAAUUAUCAGAAUAUUCUGAAGGCUUACUACAUUUAUUUGACCCAAUCUGUGUAUGUGUGAUAAUGAGUGUGUACCUGCUGGUUCUGUGUCUGGCUUUGCUGCAGCAGGAGGGCAGAGCCGGGCCCGACCCUCCAGGCUGCGAUAGCCCUGAUGUGGUGAAGGUGGCGGAAGAGGCGCUGGGGCAGAUCAACCAGGACCGGACAAAUGGAUACAUCCUGAGUCUCAACAGAGUGUACGACGUCUCUGUCACUGAAAAGGAGACAGGUGGGUUACUCUACGAACUGGCCAUUGAUGUCAUGGAGACCAAAUGCCACAUCAUCAGCAGGAAAAACUGGAAACAAUGUGAAAUCAGAAGUAUCGGUGACGUGCCAGUGUAUGGAGAGUGUAAGGUAUCAGUCAGUGCCAACCCUGAAGCCAAACUGCAAAACUACCUCUGCAAAAUUCGUCAAGUUCCUGCUGAUGCGGUGUUGAACGUGUGUCCUGACUGUCCAACACCUGAUAACUUGGAUGAGCCCAUCGUCAAGGAGACAGCCAAUCUCUCCCUGCAGAGGUUUAAUAAAGAGAGCAACCACGUCAACUACUUUGCUCUGGGGAACAUUACAAGAUCAUGUUCACAGUGGGUUGUUGGUCCAUCCUACUUUGUGGAGUUCACCAUUGUGGAGACGGUGUGUUCAAAGAGAACAGACCCCAGUCAACUGAACAACUGCCAACCUAUGGACUGUCAGUUUGCUCAUAAAGGCCUGUGUUUAGGCACACACAUGGCUCAUGACGACGAAAUAACACUCCCUGACGUCCCAUUCCAGAAGACUGUAGACGUGAAGUGUGAGAUCUACGAACCUCCGGCUGCCUCUGCGGAGAAACUCACCCACGAGCAGGCAGAGAGCGGGCACACCGAACAUCAGCACGACAACCACACACACCUCCAUCCUCAUGAACACACACACUCAGUCACACCCAGCUCAAACCUCACCGUCUCCAAGCCACAGGCCACGCUCGGGAUUGUGGUGAAUCAGCCUGCUGAACCCAAACCUGCCCCUGCAGCCAGCUCCUGCCCCGGCCCAUCCAGACAUAAUCUGUAUUUGGGGGAUUUCAAGCUCUGAUUAACUGGGCCAGGACGGUUCAUCUUUGAUCAGUUGCAUGUUGUAAGAAAGACAAGAAACUGCAACCUACAAGUACAACAUGGAAGGAGAGUAAAAAAAAUCUUUAAACAAUCCAAUUCAUAAAUAAUAAUCCGAUUGUUUGAUUGUAACAUUUACAUAAUAGGAAGUUGUAUCAUUGUUUCACGAGGCAUAGAAAUUUAUCUGAAUGAGUUUUUGAGUUUUUUCCACCUUAAAUAUGAAGUGAAUGCUUUUUUGAAUUCAUCAAUAAAACUUACACUGCACAUGA